AUGUUUGAUUCGCCCUAUGCUGACUUACCACGUGAUCAUCCUUGUGUGGAGGAAGGCAUUAGUAUCAACGAAUCGAUUGACAAGCUAUUCAUAGAUGAUCCGGAAUGCAUGGUCCGUAUCUCGCCAAGGUCCACUCAAAAACUGUUCACGUACCGUACUCCAAUACUUUACAGAGGAGCAAGGGAUCCUAACUUUUCAGUUGUGGACUACCACGGUCCUGGAUUCAUCACCCAUACCGAAGAACGUCUUAUUGAAGAGCAUUACCGCCACAAUUAUGUGGAUCACAAUGGGGACUUUUUCAAUCCAGUGGAACUUGGUUCAGUUAAAACGUUGAAUUCGCCAAUAGGCGCUACAUUAGUAUAUUCUGAAGUCCCAGACAGUACUUCGGAUAGUACCACUUGCGAUGAACCGGAUGACGUCAUUAAGAUCGUAAGGACAGCCACUCCAGAGAUUGUUGAAAGUCAUGAAGAAUCUGUGAUAGUCUGCACUGAGGUAGAGACGCCGUCGAAGCAGCUCGCCUCUGAUGAAGAUGGUACGGAUGAAGAAGAAGAAGUGGAAGUGUCUUCACUGGCAAGCGGAACCGGCAAGGUAUGUGGGCGAGCAAGAGUGGUUUACAU